UGUCAAAGAGAAGGUAACGACUGAAACAUUUUGCCGGCUAAACUCCGGAAUGCCGACGCCUAAAUCGUGGAUACUGAUUUCAUAUGUCGUGGUACAAAAUGCGGCAAAAGAUUCACAACAAAUACAGCUGCGGUUGAUAUUUUUUGUUUUUCUGUGGUCCUGUGUUAAUUGCCUUGGGGAUGUUAUUUUUACCGUUCCUGAGGAAUUACCAAAUGGUGCAGUAGUUGGAAAUAUAAAUAAAGAUUUGGGAUUCGCUAGUGGAAAGCUAACCAAUCGGGAAUUCAAUAUAGACUUUGGUGAUAACAAGCAGUAUUUAUUUAUCAAUUCGGAGAAUGGAAACAUGCUUAUUAAUGAAAGAAUUGAUAGAGAAAUUAUAUGCGGGACAACGACGCCGUGUCGUAUUAAUGUACGGCUCCUAAUGAAACAGCCUUUUCAGUUACUUAGUGCCGUAAUGGACAUACUGGAUAUAAAUGACAAUGCGCCCACCUUUCCAGUUAAUAAUCUGCAUUUUGAUAUAAUGGAGUCGGUUCCUGUGGGAACAGUCUUACCCAUUCAGAGCGCCAGUGAUCAGGACGUUGGUUCCAAUGGCAUAAAUAUCUACAAGCUUAGCCCUAACGGUCACUUUUCUUUGGACAUUUACAAUUCUUCUGACGGUGACCUGGUGGUAAAGCUUGUAGUGGAUAAAAUUUUAGAUCGAGAGCAAAAAUCAGCGCACCAUCUCCUUCUAACAGCCGUCGAUGGAGGUGAACCGCAGAGAUCCGGUACGGUUGAAAUUGUCAUUAAAGUCCUUGAUGCCAAUGACAAUUUUCCAGUCUUUGAUAAGCCAGUUUACAAGGCCAGUUUACUGGAGGACGCGCCAGUUGGAACAUUAGUAAUUCAAGUGAAGGCUAAAGAUCUGGACGAAGGAAUGAACGGGGUGAUAGUUUAUUCAUUUGAUAGCCACACACAGAGGAAGCUGCGAGAUACAUUUAAUAUAAAUUCUUCCUCUGGAGAAAUUCGUCUAAAAAAUAUAAUGGGCAUGGGGGAGACCAAAUCAUAUGAACUGCACGUACAAGCAUCAGACAAGGGAACUCCCACACUGAGUGGCUACUGUAAAGUUAUUUUGGACAUUAUAGACGUAAACAAUAAUGCGCCAGAAAUUGCAAUAACGUUGGUUAGUAGCCACAUUCAGGAAGAUGCUGAGGUAGGGACUGUAGUUGCAUUGAUUACUGUAACUGACCGUGAUUCCGGAAUAAACGCUUUGGUCAUUUGUCAGAUUACUGACAAUAUUCCCUUUAAACUUAAGCCGGUUGCCAGGUACUAUACUUUGGUGACUGACGGUCUUCUGGACAGAGAAACUAUUUCUGCAUAUAAUAUUACUGUCACCGCCACUGAUUCGGGUUCACCCCCUCUUACAGCUGAAUCAGAUAUAGUUGUCAUAAUCGAUGAUGUAAAUGACAAUCCACCUCGAUUUUCACAGGAAUCAUACAAAGUGUACGUAAAGGAAAACAACUCAGUAGGGGAUUUCCUGUGUCAGAUUAUCGCAUUGGACCCAGAUCAAGGCCUGAAUGGUAGAGUUACUUAUUCUGUUUUGGACAGAGAACUUAACGGUUUUCCCGUUACGAACUGUGUGUCAAUAAGCACGGAAAACGGAAAUGUAUAUGCCAGGACUGUUUUUGAUUACGAGAAGCAAAGAAAUUUCGAGGUAUUGAUUGAAGCUAGGGAUCAAGGCUACCCUCCUCUAAGCAGCACUGCCACAGUGCAGGUGUCCAUUGUAGACCAGAAUGACAAUCCUCCCAUGUUCUUGUAUCCCCCCACAACAGAGGGGUUUGUACCAGUGGAAAUGGUUCCUCGUUCUGCAGAGGUAGGAUUCUUGGUGACCAAGGUCAUAACUGUAGAUGCGGACUCUGGCCAAAAUGCCUGGCUGUCCUACCAGUUACUACAAGCUAGUGACACCAGUCUUGUUUAUGUGGACGGACAAACGGGAGAAAUUAGGACCUCCCGCAACAUUAAGGUUUCUGAUCCUAACAAGCAAAGGGUUGUUGUUGAAGUGAAGGACAAUGGGGUACCCAAGCGAUCUGCUUCAGUAACCAUUGGGCUUUGGCUGUACGACACGUUUCCACAAGUUUUACCCGAUUUCGAUGAUGCCGUAGCCAAUGACAAUCAAAUUUCCAAUUUGAACAUGUACUUAAUAAUAACGUUAGUCUCCAUCUCCCUUCUUUUCAUUGGAUUUUUCAUUUUCCUUGCAUCUAUGUUAUGUUAUAAGAACGAGAGUUCAAACAACUGUCUUUGUUCCCCCAUUUGCCGUGAACUUGAGUUUGAUAAUUGCAGACUGAAAGUUUCCAUUCCACCCAGUUCUAACAUAACGGGUGACCUUCUGGAUAUUGCAGGUGCUGGAACAGAAACAUUUUCUCAAAGUUAUCAAUACAAAGCAUUUACAGGAUUUAUUUCUGAAGAUAGCAGUGUACCUCAAGUAAACUGUAAAACUGGAUACAAUGGAAAUAUCACACCUGAAGGUUACUGUAUCCUGGUUGCAAACACGGAAGGAAAUGUAACAAAAGGCAAUCCUGCGGAAGAUAAGGAAAGCAAACCAUCAGGGUUUAAAAAGUGUGCGAAAUGCAACCAAAAAAUGUCCAUCAUGGAUGGACGCACUAUUUGUGUAUAUUGUGUAGGAGCUGUGCAUCUGGAGGAAUCCUGUACUAUUUGGCACUCUUUUAGUUCAAGAGUGCUGCUUGAAAGGAAGAACAAGCUUAUAAUAAGAGGUUUAUUGAAGUCCCCCUUCACUGAGGUGUUAGAAGAAGGUCAGGGCACUUUUAAAUUGACCAACUCUCCUUCACCCAAGUCUUACAAAUCUGUAAAAAGGUCAUCUCCUUCUUCUGGCCAUUUGGAGCCAGCAGAAAAGCUGACCAAAGUUACUUCUUCAGACCCAAAGAUUGUUGGGCCCAAAAAAUCAUUACUGGCUCCAUCAGCAUCGGAGCCAAUAGAAUUUGAAGUAUGGAGCCGGUCCCCAGAAUUGGUACUGGUCUCCCCUACUUUAAGGUCACCUCUUCUACAACUGCUUACAUCUCCUGCCCCCUCCUCUCGGUCCUCAAGGAGUCUUUCUGAUGAUGAUGUGGAUCGGGUGGUGUGCAGACUCUUAAAGACACCGGUGCUGGCCAAAUUGCUAUCGGCUCCAACCCAGAGAGAUUUGGAGCUGACCAUGACCUCCCCUUUGACAUUUAUUCCUCCUCUGAGCUGA